AUGACGAGUCCUUUCGAUAACGACGCGCUUCCUCGAAACGCGGCGAAUUACGCGCCGUUGACUCCGUUGACUUUCAUCCGUCGCGCCGCCGACGUGCACGGCGACCGAUGCGCCGUGGUGUACGGCGACCAAUCGUGGACGUGGCGCCAGACGUACCACCGCUGCUGCAAACUCGCAUCCGCGCUGCGCCGCCGCGGCAUCGGGAAGAACGACACGGUGUCAGUGCUAGCGCCCAACAUACCUGCUCUUUAUGAGGCGCAUUUCGGAGUGCCCAUGGCAGGUGCUGUGCUCAACGCCAUCAACACGCGCCUGGACGCCCGCACAGUCGCUCUCAUCCUCGCCCACGGCUCUGCCCGGCUGGUCAUGGCCCACCGCUCCCUGGCGCCGCUGCUCACUGAUGCCCUGCUGCUGCUGCCGGGACUAUUGCGGGAGAAGGGGCGUCAAUCAAGCCUGCCACAGGGCGAGGGCAGGAGAAGGGGAGUUGUGGAGGACGAGUGGGAUGCCAUUGCGCUCAACUACACGUCUGGCACCACUGCUCAACCCAAGGGUGUGGUGUGCACACAUAGAGGCGCGUACCUAUCAGCCCUGGCAAACGUGCUAGCGUGGGGCCUGCACGCGCAGCCAGGCGGGCAGCGCCCCGUGUACCUGUGGACGCUGCCUCUCUUCCACUGCAACGGCUGGACCUUCCCCUGGGUGCUCGCUGCUGUGGCUGGCACCAACGUGUGCUGCAGAGAGGUCACAGCGGCCAGCAUAUUCUCGCUCAUUCCCCGUCAUCGAGUCACCCACAUGUGCGCUGCCCCCGUGGUGCUCUCCUUCCUAAUCAACGCGCCCGAUUCCCUCCGCCUGCCCUUCCUCGCCGCUCAGCGCGCCCAGGGGCGCGGGGGGGAUGACUAUAUGGAGGCCAGAAGGGAGGGCAAUACAGGGGCAGCGCCGCCGCCGGCUGUGCUGGCGGGGAUAGAGGCGAUGGGGUUCGACGUGCUGCAUGCUUAUGGGCUCACGGAGACGUAUGGGCCGGCUGUGGUGUGCGAGUGGCAGCACGAGCGGUGGAGAGGGGUGGAUGAAAAUGAACGGGCGAGACUGAAGGCGAGGCAGGGCGUGCGCUGCAUGGCCCUGGAAGGCCUGGCCGUGAUGGACCCAGUCACAAUGCGCCACGUGGCAGCAGACGGGCGCAGCAUGGGCGAGGUGAUGCUGAGAGGCAACAUGGUGAUGAAGGGGUAUGCUGAUGACCCACAGGCUACAGAGGCGGCUUUUCGAGGGGGGUGGUUCCACUCGGGCGACCUGGCAGUCAUGCACCCUGACGGGUACAUUGAACUCAAGGAUCGAUCCAAGGACAUAAUCAUAUCGGGUGGGGAGAAUGUGAGCAGCAUAGCAGUGGAGGCAGUGCUGUACCGCCACCCAGCCGUGUUGGAGGCUGCAGUCGUGGCGCGCCCUGAUACCAUGUGGGGGGAGUCUGUGUGUGCCUUUGUGUGCCGCAAGCCGGGGGAGCAGCAUGCGCGUGUGGGCGAGGGGGAUAUUAUUGCGUUUUGCCGGGACCACCUGCCGCAUUAUAUGGCGCCGAGAACGGUUGUUUUUACGGAGCUGCCCAAGACCGCGACGGGCAAGAUUCAAAAGUUUGUUUUGAGGGAGAGGGCGAAGGAAAUGGGUAACCUUGAAGGUGGUAAUAGGCCCAAGUCUAGAUUGUGA